AGCAUAAAGAUUUUGCUGGUUUCCUCGAAUGUUAAACAGGAAAGCGUACAAAAUAGACAAUUUGAUAUAAUGAGAGAUUCGUGUUCGAUAAUCAACCCCAUUUUGGAUAACAUCAAUGUAUUAUCAAACAUAGCUGUUGAUAUCUUCAAUCAAUUGGAGGAAGAGUUAUAUCUAACUGGGCUUACGAUUGAUGAUCUUCAACCUUGCCACCUACAAAACUUCUACGACUUUUUAUUGGAUCUUAUUCACAUGAAUCAAGGAUUAUUAAGUGCAUUAGGAAUCUCACAACCAAAUGUAAACAUUAUUUGUGCAAUUGCACAGAAUUAUUCGCUAAGGGGAAAGAUAACGUAUAGUGACAAAUGUGAACACGCGUUUAUUAUACUAUCACCGAACUUCAUAGAUGAUGACCUUGCUAAACUUAUAAAUGAAUUAAAGGCGCAUAAUUUUUCCGUUACGGUAACCAGUUUGUGUGGAAAGUGGAACGGAGUUAGAGUUGAAUAAUAUAUUCAACAUAAAUCAACAAUUUAAUAUGAGGGAUUAUAUAUGUACAAUGUAUAUAAUAAGAUGGCAUAUUCAAACGGCUUAUUAUAAUUCUGGGAAUACAAGUUUUGUAUAUUUUUUAAAUAUAUAUAUGUGUAUAUAUAUAUACAA